CUUACGUUCGGUUCGUUCGCAUUUCUUCUCUAUCUUAUAUAAUAUUAUAUUUUCUCCUAAAUCAAUUUUUUCACUACCAACAACAACAACAACAAUAACAACUCAACUAUUCUCAACUCGCGUCAACCUUAACUUAACUUUCUCAAGCAAAAAAACCUACAACUCUACCACUACAACUCUGUCAACUUUCCGUUUUUUAAACUGAAAUCUACCGAAAAACAAAACAUUUAUUUUCGACUCGAGCAUCGAACAAGUUUUGUUUCCAAACCACGGAAAAACAGAGGAGAAAAUUGCCAGCCGAAAAGCCAGAGAGGAGCAGGAUACCCCCAGAAAAUAAAGAAUAUCCCCCCGUUAUGUUUUGAGUCCGAUUCCGUGUUAAAAACAAAAACGUAAACGUAAACGCAAAUGUAAAUGUAAAAAUCGAUAAGCCACACGCAGCCAGCCAACUGAACGCGAACGUGUCCGUGUGUGUUCCGUGGAGCAGGAAACGGGGGGUACUGACCAAAAAUCGGUGGCCCUGGCCAAAAACGCAAAAACUCCGGCCCAACAGAAAUAAAAAAUACGAAACGCAAAAAGCACGAGAGAACGAGCAGAAACUCCAGCCCCAAUGACGGAUACGGGUCUGACAACGAAUCAAGCGCCGAAAUGUGUGAAGUGGCUGUGAAACCCGAGGAAUCCUAACUAAAAGCCCCGAAAAAACCAAAAAAAAAAGCAAUACCAAUUUACAAUAAAAUGCAAAUUACUAAGAAUAUUUAACCGAAACACUCCACACACCACAGACCCACACACAUGAAAACACACACGGCCGGAUAGCAGAGAUGCCAGGUCUGAGACCCAACAACCACAAGCUGUACGACUAAAACCCUAACAGAUCUUUCGGCGAGCCAAACUCUAUAUACAAUAUAUAUAUUUUCACAUGCGAGAUAACAACAGCAACGUUUCCUUUCCGCUUUUGCCACGUAAAAUACCCCCUGAGACGGUCUUUGCUCGCUCGAAACUCGACUCUAGCUUCAGCACUUAGCCCUCUAAGAUCUACUAACUGGAUCCUGAACUCCAAAACUCUAACCUCAAACUAAGACGGAAGACACGGAAAACCAGAAGAUGCCGCGCUGCCUGAUAGCCAAGAAGUGGAAGGCCUAUCCCUGGUUGGAUCGGACGGAGGAUAGUACUAGCCAGCAGCAGCAGCAGCAACAUCAGAGUGCCGCCACCUCCUCUCGGGACCUUGAGGAACUGCAUCUCAAGUCCAGACGCUCCACGCUGGAUGAGGACGAGGAGAUCGAUGUGGUGGGCGAUAAAUUCCUGAUCAAGCUGGAGAAGCAACGCACAACAGCAGAUGCAGCAGCCGCAGCAGCAGCAGCAGCCACAUCCUCGGAAGCAGCAACAUCGCACAGCAGCAGCAGCAACAUGGAGGCGGCGACGACGACGACAUCGAAGUGCUGGGGCCCCAGUUCACCCACGGCGGGCACCACGGCUCCAAGUCCCCCGCCCCACUCGCCGGAGGCGGCGACGCGAGUGGCCGGCAAUGUUUACAACGGCUACACCCGCGAACUGUCGCCGCUGCACUACACCGCGUACCUGCCCCGCAUGGAGAGCGAGAUAACCGUGAUCCGUGCCGCGGCCACAGCCCUGGUGGCAGCCAGAUCCUCCUCCGGAAAUGGAAGUGGGGACCAGCACCUGGCCGCCUACCAGACACCGCCCUCGUCCACCACUUCGUCACCCUCGUGCUCGCCCAGCGGCGCCGGCGAUCGGUACAGUCCGCUCUCGAGUGGCCAGACCUCCAGCGAACGGAAGUGCUUCAGCAGCACGGGGGCCACACUGUCGCUGCCGCCCAAGAAGAAGGACAUCUACAGGCCGUACUCACUGGAUGACAAGCCGGCGCACGGGUACCGGAGAAGGAUUCCGGCGGAGGAGGACCUGCAUGCGGCACACGCCAUCCUGGAUCUGAGCGCCAGCACGGCCUUCCACCCGCCCACGCAGCCUCACCAGCUGCAGCAGCAACAGCAACACCACCAUGCACAGCAGCAACACCUUGCCCCGCAGCAACACCAUUACUUGCCACUGCAGCAGCAACAGCCGCAGCAGCAGCAGCAGGCACACCACACCCACUUGCCAGCUCUGGAGGCGCAUGCGCAUCUGCGCAGCAGUUCCAUUGCCGAACUUGCAGCAGCGGCCAGUGUGGUAAAUGAGCAACGCCCCGCCAGCAAUGCCUCGAGUGCCAGCAGCAAUCACAUGCCCAGCAGUCCCAGCAGCCACUCGAGCAGCAGCAGCAGCGGGAGCAGCAGCGGCCAGGUGCAGAACGAGAACAGCAACACGACCAACACGAACCAGGAUGGCGAGUGCCUCCAGGAUGGGGAGCAUGGUGGCGGCGCAACCGGAGCGUCGGCCAAAACGGUGGCCUACACCUACGAGGCCUUCUUCGUGAGCGAUGGUCGCUCCAAGCGCAAGCAUGUGGCGGAUCCGGCAGCCGCCUCCAGCGGAGUGGCCACUACCGACCAGCAGAAGACGAAGUACACCUGCUCCGAGUGCGGCAAGCAGUAUGCCACGUCCAGUAAUCUGUCCCGCCACAAGCAAACUCAUCGCUCGCUGGACUCGCAGUCGGCCAAGAAGUGCCACACCUGCGGCAAGGCCUAUGUUUCGAUGCCCGCCCUGGCGAUGCACUUGCUCACCCACAAGCUGUCGCACAGCUGUGGCGUCUGCGGCAAGCUGUUCUCCCGGCCCUGGCUGCUCCAGGGGCACCUGAGAUCCCACACGGGCGAGAAGCCCUAUGGGUGUGCGCACUGCGGCAAGGCCUUUGCAGACCGUUCCAAUCUUCGGGCGCACAUGCAGACCCAUUCGGUGGACAAGAACUUCGAGUGCAAACGGUGCCACAAGACCUUCGCCCUGAAGUCGUACCUCAACAAGCACCUGGAGUCGGCCUGCCUGAAGGACGAGGAGGAGCUGAUGAUGUCCAUGUCGUUGUCCAUGCACGAUAGCAACAGUGAGAGCGGGGCCAGUAUGGCCUCGUCGCCGCCACACGAGUUCCUUGAGCGCGUCAAGCUCGAGGGCAGCGGAGGAGCCACGUAUGCCAUGUAAGCGUGAAACACAGGUGGGGGCUACAGAAGUCUCUAGAGUUUCGAAAUCCCAAACUGAGGGGAAAGAUCGGGCUCGUAGGACCAACCUGUAUAAAGAAAGCAAUGGUCAAGGCUCCGAAGCUCAAGAGAUUU